AUGAAGCCGCUCUCUCUCCUGGAUAGCCUUGAGAGCCACUGCUCGGCUCUGACGAGCAACGUCUCGGCCGCCCUUGCUGGCCCCGCCGGCGCCGCUGCUUCCCUCAACUCCUGGGUCAGCUCUGCCGUGCACUGCCUCAGCAAUCCGGGGAAGGAGACUCUAUUGGCCGGUAUAUCCCGCUUUGCGGCCGCUGUUCCGUCUGCGUCCUCUCCUUCUUCGUUGUCAUUGGGAAGGAGAAGCCCUGCGUGGGCGCGCAUCCCGCGGUAUGGGACUGGCGGCUGGGGAGGAGUCCCAGAAGGUCAGCACCGUUUUGACCUGGCCAUGUCCACCGAGGCCAUGGAGGAACGCCUGGCGGGGAUCCCAGUUUAUGCCCUCAGCAACUCGGCCGAGGAGUUUGUUCUUGUGUCUGGAGUUAAGUCUGGGAAGUCCUUGGGUAUCUUCUGCCUCAAAGAGGAGGACGCAGAGACCCUCCUGGAGCAGAUGAAGAGCAUGAACCCUGGAAUGCGAGAGGGCUCUAAAGUCGUUGCCGUUGCUCUGAAUAAGGCAAGGGAGACAACGUUUGUGGGCAUCUAGUUUAUGCUUUGGCUUAUGAGAUUCAUUUUUCUUCUUACGGAUGAGAGAUUACGAGCUUUUUUUUUAAAUCAAGGAUUUUGGAUGUUUUUGUCCUCUUUGGGGAAAUGCUUCGAGCGCACAGUUAAUCCAAUUUUGUCUCCAAUUUAUGGAUGUUCAUGCCUACUUCAAUCAUCAGAUGAAACUGCCAUCUUUCUUUUCUAUUCCUUUUCUUAUAGUUUUAAAUCUUUGUGAUGCUCUUAUUACUGUCUUUUACGGUGAACACCAACCUAGAAUUCCUACGAAGGUUUUCUCUGUCAACACGAGGAUUGACUUAUUGUCUCCCUUUAGGAAGCAAAUGGAUGGGAGACUGACUAUACAUGAAGAAGUCGCCUUUAGAGUGAAAUCUUGAAGGUCUUCUUGAUAUCUUAGUGCUAAAGUUAUCUACUGAGAAGUAGAAGUAGGCAGCUAGUCAUAGAAUAGUGCAUAUUUAUCGACCCCUUGGCUCAGUCAAGAGGGUCUUUCAUAUUUUUAAAAAAAUGGAGCCUCCAGAAGUAUAGUUAAGAAUUCUUUCAUAGUCAAAUGAAAAUGCAUCGAUUCAAUGCACCUCCAUUGUUAUCUAAUGUGACAUGUUUGUCUUUGUUUUUCUUGCUUUAUCUGACUAUGAAGAUGACGUGAGUAUUUUUAAGGUUAAUUAUAAUUGAGAAAGGCCUGUUAGAAAGAAAUCUUACUUCCUCAAGAUGAAUAUUUUGUCGAUCAUCUUAGUUUUCCAUUAUUUUCAUCUCUAUUAUGUUUAAUUUAUAGCACUAACCUCAAAAAAAUGACAGGUUUUCCAGCUGAAGGUUGACGGGGUUGCCUUUAGGCUCAUCCCAGAUUCAAGUCAAAUAAUGAACGCGAUCAAGGUUAGGGAUCUCCUCAUUUCAGAGUAUUUAAACAGUUUGUGUCCGGAGGAUGCAUUUGUAAGAUCAUGUGAACUAUUUAUUCUCUACGUUGUAGGAUGAGUGUCAGGAAGACAACAUGCCUUUUUUCUAUGGCUUCCUGGUCUUAGUUUUCCAAGAAUCAUCGAAAGGUCUUGUUAAUUAUUUUUGUAACAAGAUGAUGGGGCCUGCAGAACACAGUAGGAACUGGCCUCUUGUGUAGAUAAGUAAAUACUUGGUAUAGUGAGUGAAGUUAUGGAUUGAACCAGUUAGUCCUGAAUGUUGUAUGAGUGAGGAAAUUUCUGUUUCAUUGAAUGAAGUGUGUUAGAUAGUCGAAAAUAGCAGGGUUCCCCAAAAGUUCAGGCUCUCGACGAAUGUCAUGAUGAUUGGGCGCGACCACAGAUCGGAGGAUGUGGAGAUCUUUCUGUGGAUGGUAUCCGGGUGUGGUGAGUGUCACAGUCUGGGGGAUUGUAUGUACGGAAGCCUGGCCAGAAUGUAGAUGCAUGAGACCCAGGGAAAGGGAAAAAAUGGCUAAGGGAGAAGGAGAGGGUCUGGAUUAUAUGACUACGUCCCCACGCUGUAUCCUUGAUGUGUUGCUAAAAAAAUCCAUUACUUAUCAUCGGGGAAGAAAUCAGGGAUCAUGCAAGAACAGGAGCUGUACACCAAAACUUCAACAUUAGCCAUAAUCAAUGCUUUACUCCAAAAAUUUAGCAUCCUUACCUUCUUUCCCAUUCCCUUGAAAGACAAGUGUCUGGUUUUUGUCUGCUACCAUCGCAGGAUCUGUUCCAUCAUGAUCAUUUUGAGGGUUGAUUUCUAACACAGGCUGCUUUGGUCAAUUUAUAAUGCUAUUCUAAUUAUAGAUCCUAUAUCAGGAAGAGAUGUCUGUUUCAAGGCGUACGAGUUUAUUUUCCUUGUUUAAAUUUGGAAAUGGCUAUGAAGUAGGCUAUUUGCAAACAUUAUUAGCUUUUGGCUUAAACAUGGCAUUGACAAUAAUUAGUGUGAAGUGGGCCAAUGAGGGCAGCUGGUGGAAAUUGGGAUUGAUUCAUCUGCAUCUAUAUCGUGUUCCUCCUUUUGAGAUAUUUUCGUGUCUUCGUCAUACCCUUGGGUUUGUGGAUGUAUGUGGAUACAAGAGGGACGGCAACUUAGAGCUGGUCACCAUGUCAACUAGAGUGCCUAAAUUUGUUGACAGGUAUUAAAAAGUUUUUAACCAUCUCUUAAAAAAUAUUAGGAGUUGAACUAAACUAAUUUAUUGCAUGAUAACUAAGCUCAAGCUUUAGCUUGCUCAGACGUUCAAAUAUCUUUUGAAUUUGUCUUGAGGGCAGAUGGACUACUAAGAUAUUUUUUGAUGAUUCAAUGGGAGCCCUUUCUUUCAUUUUCCUGAUAAAAUGCUGCUUGUUUUCUUCAUGUAAAUGAAGGGGGAAGAGUUCCAAUGUGAACUCUUCCAGAUUUCUUUGUUAGAAUUUAAUCAAAAUUUUGGGGUGGGCAGAAACAUCUUGUGGCCAUAGUUUUAUCUGGAAUUACAAUAAUGUUUUAGUAGCUCUACUUGUUCUCUGUGCCAGAUGUCUGAUCUUUGCCAUGCUUAUUACAGCUUCUCCUGUGAUAUAUGUUCUGCUGUUCAUUUUGCAGGUGAAGGAGCAAGUUGGAAAUGUUGUUGAUGCAUUCUCUGGCGUACCAGUUUUCCAGGUGCUAUUUAGUUCUCCUUAAUCUUCGUUUGACGAGUUUUUAUAGCAACUUGAUCUUGGACGCAGCUAUUAUAUGGCCAUCGGAUGGCAUAUCACUGUGUUUGUGUUCAUGCCAUAAUUUGGCUUCUUGCCCAUUGGCUUGAUGUUUGCGUUGGGUAUGAUUAUUUUCUUAACAUUCAGCAGUUUCUUCAGUACUUUGAUUUGAUUUUAUGAGUUGUAAAUUUAAAAUGCACUGCCAUUUAGGGGUGCUGUUGCUUAGACGCCCUCCUUUUCUCAGACUCCGGCAGGUUUUCCUUGUGAGUUCUUGAUCAUCUUCAUUGGAGAUGCACAUUAGCUGGUUGUGCGCCCAGGAUCCAUCUGAUCUGGAUAGAGAAGGGUUCAGUCAAAUUGGCGCAAUGCAAGGAAAGAUACGGAUUUGUUUAAGAAGGAAAAAAAUGAUGGGUUUUAUCAUAAUUUUGAUGUGUACAUAAUUCUUUUUAAUUGAACAACCUGGGUUUUUUUUGUCAACUUGCAUACAAACAGUCACCACCCUCCCUUCUCUCUCCACUUGGUAGGAGUUAGGAGUGGGGAAUGGCAGUUAUGCUCUCCUUACCCGUUUUGAAAAUGGAUUAUCAUGUGGAAUAAUCAGAAGGAUAUAAAAGCAUUAAAAUCACCCAAAGUACAAAUCUUUAACUGGUGUGCCCCUGAAUUUAUGCCUAACAUUCAUUAUAACUGAAAUUGUGCUGAUUUUUCUCUCUUUCAUAUAAAAAAAUCUUUGCUUCACUUGGGACACAAUUUUUGCGCAAGACUGUGUUUGGAUUGUGGACAUCCAAAUCUUUUCUCAUUCUUUUGUCAUGUGUCAUCUGUUUCAGUCGAAGAGUUUGGUCUUGAAGAGCCAGAACAAGAGAUAUCGUCCAGUAUUCUUCAGAAAGGUCAGGCUUUUUCUUCUAUCCGAAUGAUCUACUCCCUAGCUGAACCUAGCUCUGUCUUCUCCAGGAGGACUUGGAGGAGUCACUUCUGAGGGCGUCUCAACAGCAGAGCCACCUGAAUCCUUCCCUGAGGAAGGGAGACAUCCAAGUACAGUACCCCACCUCUGCUCUCUGAUGAUUCAACCUGGGUUCUCCAGUUUUUUUCACUUUUCUUCUGUAAUGAUAUCUUUUUCUUGGACAAGUCCACGUGGGUUUUCCAAAUUUGUCACUUUUUUCUAUAAAUUUCCCAGGUAUCUGUUCUUGAGGACAUGAUCACCUCCAUGAAGGUAUGAAAACAUGCCCGAUGCCAUUAUAUAGCAUCAAUUCAUCCGCCACCACUUGUUUACUGAAGAGGUUCACUUCAAUGGCUGUUGUGCAAUCUUGCAGGCAGGCUCUACUUCGCAGUGGGAUGAUGUCGUCUUCAUUCCCCCAGGCUUCAAUGUCGGGGUUGGGCCACAGGAGCGAGAACGGCCAGUGGCAGUUGCAUAG